GUCUUGGCGAUGCCUGGGGUCAGAGGUCACCCCCGAAGACUGCACUAGAAAAGGAACUGGGCUCUCAUUUAUUACAGACUCUAGACGGGUUCAUCUUUGUGGUGGCGCCUGAUGGCAAGAUCAUGUACAUCUCUGAAACAGCUUCUGUUCAUCUAGGACUGUCCCAGGUGGAGCUGACCGGAGGCAGUAUCUAUGAGUACAUCCACCCGGCCGACCACGAUGAGAUGACUGCCUUGCUGAACGUCCACCACCCUUACCACACGCAUAUACUGCAAGAUGUUGAAAUAGAAAGAUCGUUUUUCUUGAGAAUGAAAUGCGUCCUGGCCAAGAGAAACGCCGGUCUUACUUCAGGGGGUUACAAGGUGAGUACUCUCUAUUGUUUUGUUUUUUCCACAUCAUGUCUAAAAAAUAAAUUUUGUUUUCUUCAUUUUCUUUGCUUUCACCGACUUAUGUUCCGAGCUUCACUGGAUCUCAAGCUGAUAUUUCUGGACGCCAGGGUGGCGGCGUUGACAGGAUACGAGCCCCAAGAUCUCAUAGAGAAAACACUGUACCACUACAUCCAUGCUUGUGAUAUUCUGCAUAUGAGAUAUGCCCAUCAUACAUUGCUCCUGAAAGGUCAAGUAACCACGAGGUAUUAUAGGUUUAUGGCCAAAGACGGUGGCUGGGUUUGGAUGCAGAGCUACGCCACCAUUGUACACAACAGUCGCUCCAGUCGACCUCAUUGUAUUGUCAGCGUCAACUAUGUUCUAAGCGAGGUCAUGCACAAGGACGCACAGAUCCAAAUAGAACAGACCAUGUCUUCUAAAGAACUCUCGCCCUACUCUGCUAUGAAGAGCAGUAGCAGUACCAACAAUGGCGCCAACAAUAACAACAACAGCAACACGUGUGGCACAGGAAGCUCGGGUGGGAAGAUACGUCCUGCUAGAAACAAAUCCCGACGCUCACCCUAUCCACAAGUUUCAACGGAAGCAGUCCCUGAAUUUGGGUCUGAGUAUUCGUUAGAUAAAACGUCUAUGGAAUACGGGACACCUGAGAUUCCGUCCAUCCCACUGCAGCCAUACGCCAAUGUAAUGUACUCUAGCACACCCGAAAACAUAGCAGUGGAUCGAUAUAGUGCUCUAUAUUCUACACCGUAUCCCCACCAUGGUAUGGCAAUGUACAGAGAUGCUGCUUGUGUUUACUCUCCCUACCAGGCCACUGCCCAUGCACAUCAAAGAUAUCUAGAUAACAGAAGUCCCUACAGAACUUACGAAGAACGUUACUAUCCUGCUCGAGAUCCAGCAGCAUAUCCUGGUUACCUGUCAACUAACGCUGCUAUACAGAGCGCGGCCGCUGCAAGUACAUCGCGUCUAACCCAGCCUACAGAUACAAACCACGACGCCUCCAAAGCGUGCCUUGGCGGUCAGCAACAGUACGACUUCCGGUCCUCUGGAGGAGGUGGAGGAAGUAGCGGAGGCAGUGGAUGUGGAAGUUGUUCAAGAAGCAGCUCGCGGGAUGCUCCUUCGUACUCCGCCAUGAACUAUACGGCUCCAUUCAGUAACAGAUCUGAGUCUUCUGCUUCUGAAGUGGAUGUUGGUAGCGAAGAAUUCACAGAGAAACGCCAACAACACAAGAAACAUCAGCAGAAGAAACACAUGAAUCAACAACAACAACACUCCACUUCUCUAAGUCAACAAACACUAUCUCACCUACCUGAAACUUCCAGCGCAUCGUCCACUGGGGCUUUGUGUCGUGCUUUGGCCGAAAGUAUAAACGGUAAAAGCGAUGUCACUUCAUGCAGCAACAAAGCGGACUCAUACAGCAAAACGGCAGAGAUUUCUGCUACAGGAACUAUCCAGAAUAGUUCCCAGCCACACAGGGAGUCCGCUAUUCCUCAGUCGGUAAUCAUUCGUCGGACAUCUAGCGUUAGUGCAACAUUCUCCUCUACAGACAUCAACAGAACAACUUCCUCGUCUCCUGGUGUAGCAAACAGAAACAACUGCAAUGGAAAGAUGCCCAAGCCAUUACCCAUACAAAGUGAAGUUUCGUCGUCGCCCAGUGGUGCCAAGUUUGUUCCACAUUCAUCACCGUCUAAUGCAACAUUAUCAACUUCAUUAGCGUCGUCAAAUUCAGUAUCAUCUACGAUCCAUCAUCAUCACUCUCAAAUCCAGCAGGAACAUCAUCUAGGCAAUAAUUCACACCACUAUGUUCAAAAUCCCCAGCAUUCUCAUCAGACGGAAGUCAACAGUCAGACAGUGACUAAUAUACGAAAGACACCCGUGACUACAGGUGAUAUCAUGCAGUUGACUUCACCUUUAACUCAUAACGUUGAUAUACCCGUUCACGGGGAUAUAUCUAGUCACAAUGAGAAGCUUUACGAACUGUCCAGCGGAACUGGCCACGGCAACAAACUAUGUGACUUGACCUACCCAUCAAACGGGGUCAACGAUAAAUUUUUCGAAAUGUCGUUAUCAACUGGGGCAGCAACGAACAAAUAUUACGACAUGUCUUCCGGCUCCGCUAAUUUACUAUUCGACAUGACAUCCCCAAGUUCGAAACUCUACGAAAUGUCUUCAACAAACGCGAACAACAAACUUUACGAGAUGACAUCGGUUCAUCAUUCUGUGAAAAACUAUUACGACAUGUCCACCGGAAGUACACCAAGUAACAAAUUUUACGACAUGCGCCUGAUGCACGAUAAAAACAUGGCGACCACAGCAAAUGACUACAACACUUGUAUCAAAGCCGCGGCUUGCAGCUACGACAACUACGCCCAGGCGAGUGUGUAUCAAACAGCAGCCCUACAGGCGCAACGGUCAUACCCCGUGAUGCCACAGGCCGGGUAUACAAGUGUUAUAGUUGACCCCCAACAGUAUCACGUAGCCAAUGGGUACGCCGUUCACUGA